AUGUUGAUUAACGGAGAGAAAUACGCCUGCGAUGCCUGCGUGCGAGGCCACCGCGUGAGCAACUGCCAUCACUCCGAUCGGCCUCUGCAACACAUCAACAAAAAGGGUCGCCCAGUGUCCCAAUGCAACCACUGCCGAUCCGCGCGCAAAGCGCGGUCUUCCCACGUCAAAUGCGACUGCGGCGAGAAGACCAGCAAGUGCGCGCACAUCCAGCCUGCGGUCGACGGUCAUACAUCCACAUGCUGCUGCAACCACGGCGGCCGAUGCAGUUGUGCGGGCAAGAAAGAGCCUACACUCGACACCGUCCCCGAGACAGAGUCGGACACGGAGGCUUGCAACCCUCUACAAUCGCGUCCCAAGAUUGCGGCCCGGCGUCGACGGGCUGCCACUGUUCACUCGUCAGCCGACAUGAUGAACUUUGACCAGAAUGGCAACAGGGUCUCUACGAGCAAAACGAGCCGCCCGUCCCACAAGACCGGCCCCUUCACUCUCAACCGCGUCAACUCAGCCAACAGUGCGGGCAGCCUCGGUGCCGCCUCGGAGGGCAUGGCAGAAGCCCACCGUGGCGCCGCACACCAGCGACGUGUUAAAUCCGAGGCGACAUCCCCCAUGCUUUCGGCCUCUGGCUUCCAGAUGAACGGUUCUGUUCCUCCGCUCGACCUAUCUGGGAUCGACUACCCGUCCUACGCGCACAGCGGCAAUGGUACCUUUGAGAUGUUUAGCUCGGGGUACUCGCCCGACAACGACGCAUCGUGCUUCAGCGCUGGCCUGCCCAGCACGGCUGCCUCGGUGGACUGGAGCCACUACGAUUUCCCCGACGGGUUCGGGCCAUCCAGCUAUAGCCAGGCAGGCACCAAUGGUUUUGGCAACUUUCCUGACUUUGCCAGCAACGCUGACCAGAUUCCCAAUCUGAUCAACACCACGUCCAACUCGGGCGAUGUCUCUGAAGUUGAGGACUUUAUGCCCGGCGCGGACAACGACUACAACGCGGCCCUCAUGCGUCACGACAUGAUGGGCAAUGCUGCCGACAUCAGCACGAUUGACUACACCAACUUCUACAGCAAGGAUGCAGACUUGACGCAGCAGACUGCGCCUGGCACUGGCAUGUCCAUGGUGGAAGACGACCCGGCUUUCUACUACCCCAACUACCACGAGAGUGUUGUGGAUGAGAAUACCGACCCCAUGGGUACACAGAUCGCCGCCUACAACAACUGGGAUGAAUUCUGA